AUGGAAGGUAAGGAAAUGCGAAUAAUAUUCUUGUACGAAUACAAACUUGGUCAUAGUGCGGCCAAGGUAACGCGAAACAUAAACACUGCUUUUGGGGAAGGUUCUGUAAGUGAUCAAACCAUUAAACGUUGGUUUGUGAAGUUUCGAUCUGGUGAUACAAAUCUCGACAAUUUGCCUCGCGGCCAUGUACCAGUGAUUGAUGACAAUGUUUUGAAAGACAUGGUUGAAGCAGACUCGCGUUUAUCAAUUCGAGAUAUUGCACACAGCAUCAACGUUCACUAUUCCACUGUUUCCCGACACCUAAAGGCCAUUGGGAAAGUAAAAAAUCUUGACAAAUGGAAACCACAUGAAUUGACUGAGAGAAACAAGCUUCGCCGUAUGGAAAUCAGCUCAUCUUUGCUUUCCCAACACAAUAAUGAAGGAAUAUUGAAUCGAAUAGUAACGUGUGAUGAAAAGUGGGUUCUUUAUGACAAUCGUCGACGUUUUACCCAGUGGUUAGAUGCUGAUCAAGCUCCGAAACACAUGCCGAAAUAG